UGUUCCAAUUCUUCGUCCUCACGCUUCAACCCAAAUUUCUCGAACUCCCAUGGAAACCAUACUCUCUCCACACUCGUGCUCUCUUCUAAAGACUCGUCCUUUUCCCCGUUUCCAUCCCAAACCCAGCUGCUCCCUCAAACCCAUUUGCUGCAAUCUCAGAAAACAGCCUUUUCAAUCGAUCCAAGCCUACAAGCCCGCGGCUUGGAUUUCCAAUGUGCAACAGGGUUUAGCAGCGCUCGCCAUUUCUUUGGCCCUCAAUUUUUCCUUACCGGCUCUAACCGACGCCGCACUCGCGUCGGAAUUUGAUGUCCUCAACGAUGGCCCUCCGAAGGAAUCGUACGUCGUGGAUGAUGCCGGCGUGCUCAGCCGCGUUACCAAGUCGGAUUUGAAGAGGUUGUUGACGGAUUUGGAGUCCAGAAAAGGCUUCCACAUCAAUAUCGUCACUGUGCGCAAGCUAACUAGCAAAGCUGACGCAUUUGAGUACGCUGAUCAAGUAUUAGAAAAAUGGUAUCCAACGAUCGAGGAGGGAAACAACAAAGGCAUAGUAGUGCUCAUCACCAGUCAAAAGGAAGGUGCAGUUACAGGCGGACCUGAAUUCAUCAAAGCCGUUGGUGAUUCUAUUCUUGAUAGCAUUGUAUCUGACAAUCUUCCAGUCCUAGCUACAGAUGAAAAGUAUAAUGAGGCGGUUUAUAGUUCUGCCUCGCGUUUAGUGGCUGCCAUAGACGGCCUUCCUGAUCCCGGCGGUCCAGCGACUAAAGACUAUAAAAGAGAAUCUAACUUCAAGACAAGGGAAGAGACGGAUGAGAAACGCGGCCAAUUCACCCUUGUAGUUGGAGGUUUACUAGUAAUUGCUUUUGUUGUUCCUAUGGCGCAAUACUAUGCAUAUGUGUCUAAGAAGUGAUCCAUAUUUUUUCUGACUGGAAUUUUUUAACAUUACCAUUUGAGAGUUGAGUGAAUGUAUAAAUGAUGUACAAAUGUUUAUAUGGAGUAGUUGAUUCACAGAGCAAUGAAUCAACAAAUUUAUAUC